AUGCGGACAUUUGAUUGUAUCAAAGCGCCGCUAUCCCGACUUUUCUAUCGGUACGGUCGAUAUGUUGCGCAGCAUCCAUUGCCAUUCAUCGCAAUACCGGUGCUAAUUACCGCUUUCUGUUCCAUUAGCCUUCUUCACAUUCAUCCUGUUACCGAUCCUAUUUAUCUUUUCACUCCCAGGAAUGCUCCAAGUAAGUACGAACGACAAAUCAUCCAUAAUCUAUGGCCUUUACAUUACAAUAAUUAUAUUCCCGGUCGAGCAGUAACACAAUCCCGUGAAGUACAGGUAAUAGUAGUAAGUCGAGAUGGCGGUAAUAUCCUAGAACGACCAUAUUCUGAAGCAGUGCGACGUUUGGAUUUUUUUAUUCAGAACCGUGUAAAAUUAUAUUAUAUGGGUAAAACAUACAGGUACCAUGAUUUAUGUCUGGAAUGGCGUAAUGAAGGAUGUCCAGGAAAUAAGCAUAUCCACAUUGUCAGUGAUCUUUAUCAACAUGGUAUCAAUGUCACAUAUCCGACUGUACGAUUCGGCUCCGCGAGCGGUUAUAUUGGUGGUGCGCUUGGUGGGGUAUCACUUUUCCGUGAAGCUAACGGUAGUGCUUCAUUGGCUGGUGGUCUUGCUUGGUUUAUGAUAUAUCAUCUUAAAUUCUUUCCACAUAACAUUAGUUAUAUCUCUGGAUUAUGGGAAAAGAAAUUACAAGAAGCAUUGGAUGGCUAUCCGCUUGAUCCUUCCAUUGCAUUCACUUAUUUGCAUUCACAAUCGUUGACGGAAGAAUUGAAACGUAACGCAAAUUCAUUGAUUCCACGUUUUGUGAUAGCAUUUUCAAUUCUUGUUUCCUUCUCUCUUCUAUGUUCCUUAGUCUUUGUCAGUGGAACAUUUUAUGUUGAUUGGGUCCUUUCUAAGCCAAUAUUAUCAUUGCUUGGUGUUAUCAAUGCUGGAAUGGGUAUCGUUACUGGUAUUGGAAUUACUAGUUUUUGUGGUGUGCCAUAUAGUGAUAUUGUUGGUGUGAUGCCAUUUCUUUUGGUAGCUGUAGGCACUGACAAUAUGUUCCUAAUGGUAGCAGCUGUUCGACAUACCAAUCGGGCCUUUCCGGUUCCAAAACGGAUUGGCGAAUCAAUGAGUGAUGCGGCUAUAUCAAUUUUAAUAACUUCACUCACCGAUGCCUUUUCUUUUGGCGUUGGUGCAAUUACUAGGCAAAUAUCCUUCUUUUGUGCACUGCUGUCGUUGGCUACAGAAUGGGAAGCAUCAGGACUGCACUGUUUAUGGCUUCAGCCAACCGUGCCGGAUACAUUUAUCAAAGCAACAUCACUUAAAUGUCGAUUAUUUUGGAUGGGUUCAAGAGCCGAUCCUGACCCGAAAAAUUUGGAGCAAAAUUUGAAAGAUACAAGUGCAAAAAUAUUCUUCAAGGAAUGGUUUGCUCCAGUAUUGAUGAAUCCAGUGGUGAAGAUACUUGUUGUCAUGUGGUUCUUCAUCUACAUUGCUCUGUCUAUAUACGGUUGCCUUCAUUUACGUGAAGGCCUUGAACCAAUUAAUUUAUUAGUGCAAGAUUCCUAUGCCAUCCCACAUUAUCGCUAUCUGGAAAAGUAUUUCUGGAAUUAUGGUGCCCCUCUUCAGAUUGUCGUGAAUAAUGCGCCUGACCUGCGAGACAUAAAUGAAAGGCGUCGAGUACAAUCAAUGGUGCAUGCAUUUGCUAAUACGAAGUAUUCCAUUGGUGACGAUAGCAUACAAUUUUGGCUGAAAGAAAUGGAAAUUUAUUAUAAGAAAGAAUUGGAAAUAGACAUUGUUGAUUCGGAAAUAUACGGAAUGGCGGAACAUUUCUUUUCGGCGAAAUCUCAGGAUAUCUGGAGUGAAGAUGUCAUCUGGGAAACUAAUCAACAGGGUUUCUACAGUAUCCGAAGUUUCAGAUUUUUGAUAGGCAUGAAACAUAUUUCAAAAACAUAUUACCAAGAAGAUGCAACAAAGACAUUCCGAGAAGUAGCUGAACACUAUUCAUCCUACAACAUUACCACAUUUUCACCUUUGUGGCUGUUCACUGACCAGUAUGCCAUUGUGAUUUCCAAUACCAUACAAAAUAUUCUGAUAGCAUUAGUGGUAAUGAUUAUAAUUGCGAUGUUACUAAUACCACAACCACUUUGCUCCAUUUGGGUGGCAUUUUCUAUUGCAUCCAUUGAUCUUGGCGUUAUCGGCUUUAUGACAUUAUGGAAUGUCAAUCUGGAUGCAAUAUCGAUGAUAACGAUAAUAAUGUCGAUCGGUUUUUCGGUUGAUUAUUCAGCUCAUAUUACCUAUGGAUAUGUUAUCUCGGCUGAAUCUGCUCCCGAGCAACGAGUGAAAACAGCGCUUGGAGCGCUUGGAUGGCCUGUCACACAGGGAGCGAUGUCAACAAUUUUGGCUGUUGUUGUUCUGGCUGAUAUACCAGCUUAUAUGAUCGUUACCUUUUUCAAA